CUGGGCGGGGCCUAUGCUAAUGUGGCGGGAGUCGGAGACAGGGGCUGCCAAGAUGGCGACCGAGCGCAGUCGCUCCCCAAUGGGGGGCUCGCCGGUGCCGGCCUCGAUGUUUGCCCCAGAGCCCGCGUCACACAGCGGGACAGCGGCGGCUUCGUCCCGGCCUCACCGCGAUAUUCCAGACUCGGACUGCAGCGAGGACGGCGAGGUGCUCAAUGGGGAGCCGGAGCUCGAUCUCACCAGCAAGCUAGUAAUGGUGAGUCCGACAUCUGAACAGUAUGAUAGCUUGCUCCGGCAGAUGUGGGAGAGAAUGGAUGAAGGAUGUGGGGAGACAAUCUAUGUCAUUGGUCAAGGGUCAGACGGGACUGAGUAUGGGCUCAGUGAUGCAGACAUGGAAGCUUCCUAUGCCACAGUGAAGAGCAUGGCAGAACAAAUAGAUGCAGAUGUGAUCCUCUUACGAGAGCACCAGGAAGCAGGAGGAAAAGUACGUGACUACUUAGUUCGGAAGCGUGUAGGCGACAAUGACUUCCUGGAAGUCAGGGUAGCAGUGGUUGGCAAUGUAGAUGCUGGGAAAAGUACCCUGCUGGGUGUCCUGACUCACGGCGAGCUGGACAAUGGGCGUGGUUUUGCCCGGCAAAAACUCUUCCGCCACAAGCAUGAGAUUGAGUCGGGUCGGACCAGCAGCGUAGGCAAUGACAUUUUGGGCUUUGACAGUGAAGGCAAUGUAGUAAACAAACCUGACAGCCAUGGUGGAAGUCUGGAAUGGACUAAGAUUUGUGAGAAAUCAACAAAGGUUAUAACUUUCAUUGAUCUUGCUGGGCAUGAGAAGUACCUGAAGACUACAGUAUUUGGCAUGACGGGGCAUCUACCUGAUUUUUGCAUGCUAAUGGUUGGCAGCAAUGCUGGAAUUGUGGGGAUGACCAAGGAGCAUCUGGGUCUGGCAUUAGCACUCAAUGUUCCAGUCUUCGUAGUGGUGACUAAGAUUGAUAUGUGUCCUGCUAAUAUUCUUCAGGAAACCUUGAAGCUGUUGCAGCGACUUCUGAAGUCCCCAGGAUGCAGGAAGAUCCCUGUUCUGGUCCAGAGCAAGGAUGAUGUCAUUGUUACCGCCUCCAACUUCAGCUCGGAAAGGAUGUGCCCAAUAUUCCAGAUUUCAAAUGUCACUGGUGAGAACCUGGAUUUGCUUAAGAUGUUUCUCAAUCUUCUGUCUCCACGGACCAGUUACAGGGAAGAAGAGCCUGCAGAAUUCCAGAUAGAUGAUACCUACUCUGUUCCAGGAGUUGGAACAGUGGUGUCUGGGACAACACUGAGAGGGCUGAUCAAGUUAAAUGACACCUUGCUCCUAGGACCAGAUCCCCUGGGUAACUUCUUGCCCAUUGCUGUGAAGUCCAUUCACCGCAAGCGCAUGCCAGUCAAAGAGGUGCGGGGAGGGCAGACAGCCUCCUUUGCUCUGAAAAAGAUCAAGCGCUCCUCUAUUCGAAAAGGCAUGGUGAUGGUGUCUCCUCGACUGAAUCCCCAAGCAUCUUGGGAAUUUGAAGCUGAAAUUCUGGUAUUGCAUCAUCCUACCACCAUCAGUCCACGUUAUCAGGCAAUGGUGCACUGUGGCAGCAUCCGCCAGACAGCUACUAUCCUCAGCAUGGACAAAGACUGCCUACGCACAGGAGACAAGGCCACUGUUCACUUCCGCUUCAUCAAGACCCCAGAAUAUUUGCACAUAGACCAGCGGCUUGUUUUCCGUGAGGGCCGUACCAAAGCUGUAGGCACCAUCACCAAGUUACUCCAGACCACCAAUAACUCUCCAAUGAACUCCAAGCCCCAGCAGAUCAAGAUGCAGUCAACAAAAAAGGCCCCCCUGAUAAAGCGAGAGGAUGGGGGGGCUCAGGCUGGCCUGGCAGCAGGAAGCCCUACUGUGGCAGAUGAUGCUGUUUCCUUGGGAGCAGGCCCCUCAGCACCAUCAGGUGCCCAGCAACCACAGCCUGCACUGGAUGAAGAGCCCCACAACCGAGAGGGCAAUAAGGCAAAGGCUGGAGGGGGAGGCCGGCGACGGGGAGGCCAGCGCCAUAAAGUGAAGUCUCAAGGAGCUGUUGUGACUCCUGCCGGUGGCUGUUGAACAUUGUCUUACUCACUGAGGAAUUCUUACACCCUCUCCCCGUUUCUUCAGUUCCCCAUUCUCUGCCAAGCAGCAUAACCAAAAUCCAUCUCAGCUGAUCUGUUGCUGCAGUGGAACUUUUUUCCCUUCCUGGAGGGGAGUGAUGGGGGUUGGGGGGGGGGUUGUCAGCAGCUGAAGCUAAUGAAGGUGACAAAGCACACAUGGGACUGACCAACUGCCGCCUUCUUCCUCUGCUCUGAAACAUUUUGUACAUUGUGAGCUCUUAGUCCAUUAUUUUUAUUAGUUUUUAUUAUGGUGGACAUUUGUGUGUGUGUGCGCGCGCGCGCAUGAAGAAUCAGGAGAAAUCCAGGUAUACAGAAUAAGGUACCUGUCUAUUUUUUCCUGUCCCCACCCUGCUCAUUUUUUUUUAAAAAAAGAAACUAAUUCACCUUGUGUCUGCAGUCUAGAACUGCUAAAAGCAUUAAGCCCCUUUAAGAGCACAAAUUCUCUAUGGGGCAGUGAUUCUUGCCCUCUGGCAGUUACGGUGCUGAGUGUACACUUGUCCUUCCCAUUUGUAAUGCAGCAAUGAUUGCCAUGAAGGAAGCUCAUGACCAGCAUCGAGCUUCAAGUGAAAUCCUGGGUCUCUUACAUGUUAAACAAGCUUGCUUAAAAGCUUGAGGUGUGGUUGGGUGAUAGAAGCAAAACCACUUAUUUCCACCUGAAGAUAAUCAUUGUGAGAACUUCAGUUGACCACAUAAUUUUGGUGUGGGGGGUUCAUGUUUCCAAAACUAAUUAUUUUUCUUACCAACUAGUCAUUGCUGUCCCUCUGUUCUGGGCGCAUGCCAUCUUGACCUUGCUGCCCGUUUACAUGUGUAUUCAUGUGUCUGGGAGAUGGGAAGAGAUGGUGUGCACUGGCUUGUCCAUUUAAUAGUCUGCAGUUUCCUCCCCCCACCUCCUGUCAAGGAUCAUGCUUUUCUCCCUUAUUUGCAUGACAUAAAAACAGCUACUACUUGAUAGUGCCUGCUGCUGGUGGGUUCUGUAAUGCUAUGCUUUUCCCCACUGGGGAAAUGGUGUCUCCUCCUGCAACUGGACACAUUUAGCAUUAUAGGCCAGCUUCUACCCUUUCCCUUGUUUCAGCUUUUUCUCAGAAUCAUAACUUUGCUGUAAGACAAUGAUGGAAAUUUGGGCUGUCUGUGAACACAGGAACUUUAGAGUCAGCAUACAGCUUAUGUGGUCACAUGGUUGGGUUUUAUAACUUUUGAUAGACAUUUGCCAACACCCUUUCCAGACAUUCAUUCUCAAUUGACUUUUUAAUUAGUAUCAUGGCUGUGUGUACGUGGUGUUUGUUUUUUU